AUGCCGAGCAACCAAAGCACUCGGUCGGGCGAUCCUAAAGAUUAUGAGAUUGCCAUCUUCUGUGCUCUGGGUCUCGAGGCAGAUGCGACCAUCGCGAUGUUCGAUGAGAUCUGGGAGCAUGCAGACCAGCCUCUGAGGGCUCCUGGCGAUACCAAUAGCUAUACCUUUGGUCAAAUUUGGCAGCACCCCGUGGUGCUGGUUCAUCUACCGCGUAUGGGAAAGGUAUCAGCUUGCCAAGCAUCAGCCAAUCUGCGAUCCAGUUUCCCACACGUCCGCCUAGGAUUACUCGUGGGGGUCUGUGGGAGUGUACCCUCCUCCGGCACACAAGAUGUCUUCCUGGGCGAUGUUAUUAUUAGCACUCAGAUCGUGCAACUCGAUUUCGGACGGUUAUAUCAACAUGGCUUUGCCCGGAAAGACAGCCUGGAAGACAAUCUCGGCAGACCAAACCCAGAAAUGAGCGGAUUCUUGACCAAGCUGCAAGGGCAGAACGCCCGGGCUGAGAUCAAGAACUCGAUGUGCGCGGGUCUUGCUACUGUCUUUGAAUCCACAACAUUUGCGCUCUCGAAUCGCCCGGCGACAAACCAAGAUAGACUCUUUGAUGCAAAUUACGGUCAUAAACAUACAGACCCCAAAGCAUGUAUAUCUGCCGAAUGCACAUGGUCUGAAAACAGCGUUUGUGAUGAUGCCCGGAGCCUGUCUUGCUCUGAGCUAGGAUGUGACCUGGGCAGGGUGGUGCCUCGAAUCCGAAGGCAGAGGGAUCAACCCUAUAGCACCUCAUCCGAUGAUCCUGACAUACAUUUUGGCCGAGUAGGUUCAGGUGACCAGGUGAUCAAAUCGGCCCUACACCGUGACUGCAUCGCCAAGGAGGAAGGGGUGAUUGGGUUCGAAAUGGAAGGGGCUGGUAUAUGGGAAACCGUCCCGACCAUCAUAGUCAAGGGUGUCUCUGACUACUCCGAUAGUCAUAAGAGCAAAGCAUGGCAGCCUUAUUCUGCGGCUGCGGCUGCGGCCUGUGCAAAAGGUAUGCUGAAGAUGUGGAGAGCACCAAAACGCACGGAGAGACGUCAUGUCCGUGAAUCGGCCCCGCCGCAAGUGCAUCAAGUGUUUAGCGGCAAUUUUACAGCAGGAAAGAGCAUCCAUAAUGGUGGUACUUUUACUGCCGAAUCCAUCAAUUUCUGA